CGUCCUGUCAAAGAUUUCACACAAACCCCAUCAGACUGCAUCACUGACUCGUUUCUCAUUUACAAAGAUCAGACCCUCCAUUAACGGGCUCACCUCUCCACAUGGAAAGAAACUUCCAUUCCUCCUCUUGCUCCUCUUUGAUGCUUUGCGCUAAACCCAUGAUCGGCGGGGAUGAUCCUUGAGUGGCCGAUGAAAUAAUCAGCGUCGCGGUGUCAGCAAAGGGCUUGAGCCCCAGGGGAUUUGGAUAGAUUAUCGCUAGAGUGCUAUUUUGCUCACCCGGUCACACUCUCAACAGAAUUUAGCGGCUUUAGAGCUGCAGCCUUUUCACUGCUUUCGCCCAAGUGCGUGUAAACUCUAAAGCUACAGAGAGGGAGCAGAGAGGAAGAGAGAGAGAAAAACAGGGGUGAAUGUGCAAGCAAUGCCUUGCACAGAGGUGUUUGGAUCCAGAUCAGAGGACACUACCAACGUGCCGUCACCCCGCGGAUGUGGGGGGAUGAGACGCGCCUCGGGGUUGUAGUCAGCAGUCCGUGCCGCGGGAUGCCUUCGCCGUGACUUCAGGAGAGGGUGGUCCGCCAAGCAGAGAGAGCCCAGCGAAGAGUCAAACAGCAGCGCCUUCAAGGACCACUUUCCCCGGACCCGUUUUGUCUCCUAUCCACUGGAGGAUGUUUCAGCGAGGAUGCUGCGCUUCCCCGUGAAGAAGAUCCGGAAGCAGUUCAAGCUCCUGCUGCUGCUGGUGCUGCUCACCUCGGCCGUGUGGUUCACCUACCUGCACAUCAACCAGAGCAAGACCAUCAAGCUGCACUUCAACUACGGAAAAGAUGGAGAGAGACAGACGGACGGGACGGAUGCCAGCCGAAAGAGGGACACUCGCUCCUCAGCCGGACACCACAAGAGCGAGGACACCAGUGACAGUAGGGAGGACGAGGCGGCAGACGAUGAGCCAAUCAUUGGAGGGGCUGACAGCAGAGAUCAAACCCACAUCCGAACGUUUCUCAGCCAGAAGCAAAAGAAGUUACUAUGGAAACCAGAGUAUAAGGGCCAGGCCAACCUACAUGUGUUUGAGGACUGGUGCGGCUCCUCUAUAGCCCAGCUCAGAAAGAACCUGCACUUCCCUCUUUAUCCUCAUACAAGAACCACAGUAAAGAAGCUAGCCGUGGCUCCAAAGUGGAAAAACUACGGCUUGAGAAUAUUCGGUUUCCUUCACCCAUACAAAGAUGGUGAUUUCCAGUUCUCCGUAUCGUCUGAUGAUAACUCAGAGUUCUGGUUGAGCCCCGAUGAGUGUCCUCUCAAUGCCAGACUGCUAGUUUAUGUAGGACAGCUGGGUACAGAGUGGACUGCUCCAGGCGAGUUCACCAAGUUCAGGUCCCAAUCCUCCAAAUCUGUGCACCUAAUAUCAUCCAGGCGAUACUAUUUUGAGAUUCUUCACAAGCAAGAUGACAAGGGAUCAGACCACGUGGAGGUUGGGUGGCGGCCGUUCCUCCCAGGUCUUAAGUAUGAAGUGAUAGACUCAGCUUACAUCUCCCUCUACACAGAUGAGUCCAGUCUGAAGAUGAACAGUGUGGAUCACAUCCCUCAGACUUUGGCCAGUCACAUCCAUCUCCCAGCAGAGUUUCGCCCACAGGGUCUGGAAGGAGACAUUAUCACACCACAUGGAGCUGAUAUGCUGAGGCCAGACCCCAGGGAUACUUUCUACAGCACCCCAAUGAUUGACCACACUCGGCUCCAAAAUGUUCUUCCAGCCUGUCUCUACUCUCCAACCUAUGUAGUCAAAGAUUUUCCCAUCGCCCGAUACCAAGGCCUUCAGUUUGUCUACCUAUCUUUUGUCUACCCUAACGACUUCACACGUCUCACCCAUAUGGAACGGGAAAACAAAUGUUUCUACAGAGAGUCUCCUAUCUACUUGGAGAAAUUUGGUUUCUAUAAAUAUAUGAAGAUGGAUGAGGAGGAAGAUGACAGACCGUUCUUUUUCCCCAACCCAGAUGACUUUCUUGAAGAAGAGGAGGUCGUGGAUGCAGAGGACGAGGCAGAGAUUGUUGGCACGCAUUCGCCCAGAAAACCCUCUCAUCCAAGUCAGUCCAGUCAUAUGCAUAAUUCUUCCCAUCAGCACUCAAAAACUGGGGCCACACCAGCAGGCAGAGAGGAAGAGGAAGGUAAAGAAGAUCCAAAAGAAGAAGAAGAGGAGGAGGUGGGAGAGGUCAACAGUAUAAUACGUCACAGAAAAAGAAAACAGUCUUUUCACAGGGAUAGACAGAAUGAGAGGAUUCUGGACAGAGACUGGGGAAGGGAUCAUACUCGUGGAAAUAUGAGACAACAUACAAGGAAAGGACUUGAGGAAGACCAACCCAUAGCUCUGUUACCAGAUGUGGACAGUGUGGUCAGGGGUCGCACUUUGUCCUGGGUCUAUACUGGUCCUUCAGACCAAGACCUAAAUAAGAAAGCCAAAGCACAAGGUGGGAGAGGUGAUCUUGAGGUACCUCCUAAAAUUAGCAAGUCUUCACUCCUUUUUCCCCAAAAAACCUCCCUAUCUGCACUCACCAGCAGAGCGAAGCAGAUCCUCAGCAACUCUGCCCAUAGCAACUACCCCCAUACUAACAGUAACAAGCCUGUUGGGAGCAAGAAGGAGAAGAGAGAGGAGAGCAAGAUCUACAUUACCAGGCCUCGUCCUGCAAAGGAGAGAGAAAAAGAAAGGGAACAGCGACGGGAGAGGAGGGAAGAGAGGGCAUCUCGACAUCCUAGAGAAGUUUUCCCUGGAGUCUUUUUGUACCAAACUGGGAAGACCACAAGGCUGGUAAACCUGGGUCAAAGAAGACAUGGUGGAAGGGGUGGGUCAGUGGUUAGGCACCUUAUUGGUGCCCCUCAGCUUUGGCACAGCCCUCCUACUAAGGACAGUAAGACAUCAGCACAUAACAAAAGUGUUAACAUUCAGAGUGAAACUGCAGAAAGGUCUUUUAACAAAGUAGCAAUGACAAAACAGCUAGAGAAAAUCAAGAGGAAAGGGGAAUCCCGAGAUUUAAGGACUACUGUCACAGCUGACCUGCCCAGUAAAAAAGAUAUCCAGAUCCCUUUGUCCUACCACCAAGAGCCUCCUCCGACUCCAGCCUCUGAAACAAGAUUAAGCUAUACAGAAAACACAAUCCACAGUCAGUUACGGGUCACUUCUUACCUUAGGACCUCAGAGAUUACUGAAUCUCAGCAUCAGCUUAACCCAGUCUCCCACCUCACAGACAUCGAUCAAGAUACAAACCACUCUAAUCCUGAUCCCAACCCUGAUCCAGAGCAAGAGCUGGAACCAGAGGAGGGAGAAAUGUCAGAUUACAGCUACGAGGAGGUCGAAGUCCGGCCAGGUUGGGCAGAGGAAAGCAUCAAUUGGCAGAGGACAUUCUCUGUUAAUCCGAUGGACUUCGAGCUGCUGCGAUCAGACUGGAAUGACCUGCGCUGCAAUGUGUCUGGCAACCUCCAGCUGGCGGAAAGCGAAGUGGUGGAUGUGCUGGCACAGUACAUGGAAAAACUCAAUGAACACAAUGGAGGAAUCUACACCCUGCUAAGAAUCAUCAAUGUUGAGAAGCGCCGCGAUUCGGCAAGAGGGAACCGAUACCUGGUAGAGCUGGAGUUAAUGGAGAGAGGACGCAGCGUGGUACGACUUUCAGAGUACAUUUACCUGCUGCUGCACCAUGGAAGGCAAGGAGAGGAAAGUGUGGAGAACACAGACUCAGCCCCAGCCUCUGCACCGACCCCGCUUCCCUCUGCGUCUGCAACCAGCUUCACCACCCAGCAUCCGUCUCCUUCCACCAGGUCCUCGGUGCGGCCUGGCGCGACACCGUGGAGCACUGCUUACGCUAAGCCUCUUCUCUGCCAGCCUGUCAUGCUGCAAUGGAGGCGAGAUGUCAUGGUGCACUUUGUGGUGCCAGUGAAAAACCAGGCUCGCUGGGUGCAGCAGUUUAUUUCUGACAUGGAAAAUCUUCACCAGCAAACAAAAGAUGACAACUUCAGCAUCAUUAUUGUCGACUUUGAGAGUGAGGACAUGGACGUGGAGCAGGCUCUCAGAGACAGCAGUGUGCCAAAAUAUGAGUACCUCAGAAGAGAGGGAAACUUUGAGCGCUCGGCAGGGCUGCAGAUCGGCGUGGACACCAUUAAGGACAGUCACAGUAUAGUGUUUCUAUGUGAUCUGCACAUCCACUUCCCUCUGAACAUAUUGGAAAGCAUCAGGAAGCACUGUGUGGAAGGGCGCCUCGCGUUUGCUCCCAUCGUCAUGAGGCUGAGCUGUGGUAGUUCACCGCUGGAGCCUGAUGGUUAUUGGGAGGUUAAUGGCUUUGGGCUGUUUGGAAUAUACAAGUCAGAUUUUGACAAGAUUGGAGGAAUGAACACCGAGGAGUUCAAAGACCGCUGGGGUGGAGAGGACUGGGAACUUCUCGAUAGAGUGCUACAGAACGGUUUGGAAGUUGAAAGACUACGUUUAAGGAACUUCUUUCACUACUACCACUCUAAAAGAGGCAUGUGGAAUUCUCAGAACAAGAAAACUUCAAAAGGAUAGCUCUUUAUUUUGGCCAGAGCAUCCUAAACCCGACCUGCAGACCCAUUGUGUGUUACAGAGAGACCAGUAAGAGCUCACUCACUGCCUGAACUCUGCCCGUUUUUUUCUUAGAACUGGCUCCAAUGAGAGACUCGUCUGUUUCGCCACCGGGUUCUGUUGCAAAUUUGUCUGGGUGAGGAAACUGAGUCCAAAUGGGAAAUUUGGAGACAGGUCUGUCUCUCUCCGCAGAGAGACCUGAGUCAUCACUUCGCCUCACUGACUGAACUACUGUACAGAGAAAAGUUAUUUUUGUCUUCUUUCUCUGUCCUAAUUGGUGCAAAUUUUUUUUUUCAAACAGAAUGGAAAGCAGCUGUUUUGUGUGCACACGUGCGUGCAAGCAUGUGUGUGUAUGUGGAGCUUUGUAUGCGUGUGUGUGAGUAAGUGACUGAGUGAGUGCUGGUUAUGUGCUGUAAUUACAGGAAGCACCUUUUUUUUCUAACAAGAUGUAAAAAAAAAAAACAACCUAAGACCUUUUUCUAACUCGCUCUUACAUUAGAGCUAAAUAGAAUGUGCAUCAAAAUGUUAUCUCAGUAUGAUUCACGUACGGUAGCUUGAGUAGAGGAGCUGUGCUUGGUUACGCAGUAUUUCUAAAUGCAUUAACUACUAUUUGCUGGGUGACGGAGGUGCUGAAAUUCUUCUUACAAUGGUAAACAUAACAAAAAGGGGGAAAAAUAUUUUUUUUUAAAAAAUAUUGAGAUACAUGAUCUUUAUAUCUCUUUCUUACCUAAUGAAUCUCUUCAUUCUCCGUUACUUUCAUUCUCUGUCAUUUUGUUGAUGUCAAGGUAUUUUUAAAUGCUCCUAAACAUUGCUUUCUAAUGUCAGAAUAAGAUACAAAUGGCUAUCAGUGAGAACUCUGUUUAAGUUUACUUGCGUUUAUGCUGCUGUUAUUUAAAUACAAGGUUAAUUUAUCCUGAUUUAGUGACGAUGCAGUAACAUGCGUGGGUGCUCCUUUUUGGUUUGUUUGAAUACACUUGAAGUUGUCAUCUUUAACCUCUACAAACAGGAAACUUUAUGCCCUCCCUAUCCCUAACCUCUUUCUGAUCUGGAGAAAGGAGCAGUAAAUGCAGCGUAAAAAAAAUCUUUUGCAGUGUUUGAGCUAAUGUACUGACAGCUGAGCAUCUUUGGCAUUACAGUGUUUGCUAAAUAUUUAGCAACCCUGAUAAAGAUGCGAAUAAAGCCUUAAAAUAAAUUUGUCUUUUAAUCUAUUUCAUCUAAUUUUUUUUUUUUUCCUAGAAAAAAAUCUGCCUUAAUUUGAGUACAUUUACUCGAUGGCAAAAAAAAAAUUAUGUGUAAAAACAAAUGUUUUCUUUAAAGUUUUAACUUUAAAAUUAAUGAACCUGAAAUAGUCUUUAAUUUAUUUAUUAUGUGUUUAAGUUCAACAGAGACUUUAGGAUCUUUGACACUACCUGUUGUUUGCCAGGGGUAUGCUCAUAUAUAUUACCCCCUGUUUAUACUCAGUGUUUUAAAGAGGGCCAUUGUGUGUUCAAAACUCUCAAUAUGAAAUUAGCAGUUAAAGUUUUUUUUUGUUAUAUAUUUUUCAAAGUGAGCUAAUGCAACUGAAUUAUGAGAUGAAUUUAUUUUAAAGAUUUUAAUGCAUCUUUACACGGACUACCAAGAAUUGUGAUUUGGAGAGAUUAAAACUACUUUUACGAGAAUGUCAGAGAAACGGCUACAAAAAACAUCAACUGUCUUUAAGUUGAAGAGACCAGCUUAUGUGCUUAUGCGUUGAUGCUCGGCUGUUUCACAAAUGUGUGCCUUUAUCAGGGUUUGGCUGCAGGCAGUUUCAUUUUUUACUAUUACUCUAAACUCCGUAGAAGGCAGGGACAGACUCAAAUACAAAGUUAUUUAUCAACAAACUGUAUUGUCACUGUAAGCUCGGUUACACUGUAAAAUGAGGAUUUUCUAUGUUUUAUUUGAUGGCUUAUUGACAUGUCGGUGUAUUUUUCGUGUGUCAUGCUAAAUGAAAAAGGGUAGACGUCAACACUGAAAACAAUUAAGUAGGAGCAGACGGGGUGAUUGAAAUUCGGGAGCAGCUGCAGUCUAACAGGAUCCCAUCGGCUCCCAUUAUUUUGUCUGGAGGCUGUCCUUUCAAUGGUGUUAUAUUAAACGGCAUCAUCUGGGGAGUUUGAGAUUGGACAUAUACAGUAUAAGAGCUAACGAUCUGAUAUUGACUUUUUGAUUGUCAGAAUUUCCUCUAAGAACCUUUUUAUCUGCUACAGGGAAAAAGGCCUAUGCUGUACAUUAUUUAACAGUGACAUGUGACUAUUUAAAAAUAAAAGAAACAAAGUACAAGACAGUAUAUAUAAUAAAACUUUAAAUAGGAAAAUACAUUCUGAGGUAAUUUCUGUGAAAUUGUUUUGUAGAGAAGAGGUUUUAAGAAUGUAUUGUAUCUUUAUUUUGAUUUGUCAUUUUUUGCAAAUAAAAUUUUAUGCCUAUGUCUGGAAAAUAUCUUA